AUGGCAGAGUCUGUUCAUGCAGAUGUGCUUGAGCAUAUACUGAUAAGAUUAGAUGUGAAGCUUCUUAUCCGUUGCAAGAGAGUUUGUAAGUCAUGGCACUCUUUAAUCACAAGUCCUGGUUUCAUUAAUAGGCAUCUUAACCGUAGUUACAACGAAGAUCGCUACAACAAUAAACUCGACAGUAGAAGAAUUAGUUUACCUGAUAAAUCAUCCUCCCAUGGCCGUUACAACGGUUAUUACAGUCUUGUUGGUUCUUCGAAUGGCCUGGUAUGCAUCAUCUCUUGUUUAGUUAGUUGUAAACUUUUAGUAUGCAAUCCGUUGACUAGAGAGGUAAGACAACUGAAACUUCCGUCGUUGAUCGGGUUACCUCUGCUAUGUCGGGGUUUUGGUUAUGAUAUAUCCAAAGAUGAUUACAUUGUUGUCAUGGGGGUGGAGAAAGGCAAGAAUCAAACAUGUUUUGAAGUGUUGAGUUUGAAAUCAAAUGUUUGGAGAGUUGUUGGAGAGGUGAAGUAUACAUUUAUGACUAAGGCUGGUAUCUUAUGCAAUGGUGCACUUCACUGGAUUGUAAAAGAUCAAAACAAUAAGAAAUUAGUUAUUUCUUAUGAUUUAUCUAAAGAAGAAUUUAAAGAAAUUCCUCAACCCGAAAAUGCAAGAUAUGAAUCUACUCAUAGUAGCUACCUAGGAACUGUCAAAGAAUGUUUGUGCAUAAUUAGUCGAAAUGAUUAUUUUCCUGUCGUUCACGAUGUAUGGUUGAUGAAAAAGUACAAUGUAAAAGAGUCGUGGGAAAUGUUGUCGCGUCAUCAUGACAUGAAACGUAAUAUUGUACACUACUUGGGCUUACCCAAAGAUGAGAGUUUCUUCCUUCAUUACGUCGAAUCAUGGUUUUCCGAGGAUUCGAGUUAUUGGAGAUUUACUGUCUUUGUGAAGAGCCUUGUAUCUCCCCACAAGAGUGCCCCGGGGGGUUCCAAUCUAGGCAUUAGAUAG